UUUUGCGCAAUAUUUCCAUUUUCAGUUUUAUUAUUUAUUCUGACGUGGAUAGCAAAUCUAAUUACAAUGUACCGUCCGCGCAACUUAUUUGAUCUUGACAUUUGCUCUAUCGAGAAAUCGUUGGCGCAUCUAUAUGAGAAAAUCUGUGAGUCGCAACACCACUUUGGUGAAUAGAGUUGGUAUUUAAUUUGAUGAUUGGAUAAUUCAAAUUCUUUCCGUAUUUUUUCAAGGGUGGAUUGGAUGUUAUGUAAGAAGAGCGAGGCGGUUUCCUCCCCCUGGGGGCACUAUUUUUCGAUUUGAGAUGGGUGGAGCAAGGUCGAUAAUUAAUGUAUUCAUCUCAGGGAAUUUGAUGGUGUUGAACGGAAAAAUGCCCUUCAUUGCCCAAUCCGCAUUGUUUGAUCUUGUAAGUAGGAAUCCACAAAAAAAUUCUUCCGCAAAGAUCAACAGCCACUUCAAUGGCCCAGAGCAAAUUUAAUUAAAACAAUUAUACUUUACCGACAAAAAUGGGAUGUCAAUAACACUCGAUUUUCAUCAAGGUAUUUCGGUGGCCAUCUUGCUUUUAAUUGAAGUGCAUUCAAAGAGGGUGGAUACUAUCUCAAAAACAAGAAAACCUGCCUGGGAAAACAAAAGGAACACACCCAGAUUAAAUACCAGUUCGUCUUUCCUGUUUGUCCUAAACUCUGGUCGACUGAAAAACUCCCUUUGGUAAAUUUAACCUUGCUGCAUAAUAAUAAGUUUGAAAUAUCCGUGAGGUUUUCACUUACGUGCGAUUCGCAUAAAUAGCCAAUCCUCCAUUAGAGGAAGAUAUACCAUUUCCUCAGUCAGAAUAGAAGCAGUGCUUCGCCAAUGGACACCAUGCAUCUCGUCAUCCGCACAACUAUGAUUCUUGCCGGAGCGUUGGUGCUUGCCAAUUUCGGGGUAGUUGAUGCUCUCCCUAUUUCCAACAUUGACGUAAUCGCAGAAAUUGCUGAGGAGGCCGGCUCAGAUGAAGGCUUGCUAACUAUACCUGUUGCAACUACAACUCGAGCAUCGUUAUUCCAUCGAAGACAAAUGGCGUUGAGAGAUUUUAUAAGAAGUAGAACGCUGACGACAAAAGCUCCUGUUCGGAUUAAACCUCUACUUUUCCCUGUCCGGAGAAACACCAAUGGAAGCACGGUCUACCUCUUGGAUUCUUUCAACAGUCGAAAUAAAGAGGAGACUGUUUUUCAAAUCAGACCGGACUUGACAAAACCAACGGAAAUUCCCCCUGAACUACUCGCUAAAUUCCCGAUCAUGUCCAAUAGGAAUCAUUUCAACGACUAUGAAUUCAAUCGGGUCCCUGUGACAUCGCCUGCUGAGAAAUACGAAAAGUAUUCCUUUCAAGAUUUAAUGCGGAUUCUCAAAGGAAAUGAUACAGUAGCGGGGGAACAAUUGAGGACUUCUAAUAUUUCCUUUGAUGGACUUUUCGGAUAUUCCGGAGAAAAUGACUUCUCCUUGGAGCCUAUCGGUAAAGCAGCCAAAGGCGUAUCCUGGGAACCGUUAAAAGAAGCCGUUUUGCAUUUUCUGCAAGCACCAGCGUCAGGUAAGUUGUCUUUCGACGCCAACAGUACAGAGAGUCUCGAACUUCCAGGAGAAAUUUCCACUGAAUCUGAUGAGUUCUUCGAACCGAAUAAGGAGACCAACAGUACGACAGUUGAGGAACUGGAGGUUUAUACCUCAGCAGAGUCAACUACGGAUUCCGGGAUAAAAGAAUCGAACAGUACGACAGAUGAGGAACUGAAGAUUUCCUCAGCAGAAUCAACUACAGAUUCCAGGGGAAAAGAAUCGACGAAAGUUGAGGAACUGAAGAUUUCCUCAGAGUCAACUACAGAUUCCGGGAAAAAAGAAUCGACUACUGAAAUUUCGCUGGAUUCAAUUUUGAAUUUGAACUUUUGGGAACUCUUGAAAGAAACACCUUUACCAUUGAUGCCGACAGCUUCAACAGCAGCAGUAGAAGUAUCCACAAAACCGGUUACCAGCAUAUAAA